AUGAAUAUGCCUGUGGCACUUGGCGAGGCUACGUUAGCUCAGCUGCAGAAACACAGCAGAGCAGGGCACAGCAGAGGACGCCAUUGCAGCCAGGGCAAGCACAAAGACAGCUCGAAAACUUGGCAGAGAGAUAGCUGCCUCACCUAGCUCAAGGUUUCCAUCGAAAGCAAAGCACCCCGUGCGCGACACAACUCGCCGAUCGAGACCUACAAAUACCCAGCAGCCUCAAGCUCUUCCAUCUCAUCCAGCAGCAGCAGCCCAAGAAGCACUUGUGCAAUCUUGAUCCUGUGACUAUCUAGCUAGCCAGCGGCUGAGUAUUGAUCUUGGAGCUGGGCCAUGGCGAAGGCAGCUGGUUACGGCCUUGGGUUCGCGUGCUUUGCUCUCGUGGCGACCAUGGCCAGCGCCACGCAGUUCCAGGUCGGCGGUAACAACGGCUGGAGCGUGGCCGGCGCCAGCGCGCAGUCGUACAACACCUGGGCCAUGAAGAACAGGUUCAAGAUCGGCGACACUCUAGUGUUCGUGUACCCCAAGGACACGGACUCGGUGCUGGUGGUGCAACCGGCCGACUACAACGCCUGCAACACGUCGUCGUACGACAAGAAGUUCGCGGACGGCAACACCGUCUUCACCCUGGACCGCGCCGGCGCCUUCUUCUUCAUCAGCGGCGUCGACGCCAACUGCCGCGCCAACGAGAAGCUCAUCGUCAUGGUCCUCGCUGGCCGCAAUGGCAACUCCAGCGGCGGUGCCUCCCCUUCCUCGCCUGUCGCCCCGCCUCCGGCGUCUUCUGCGCCGUCUGCUUCCAGUCCGCCGCCGGCAGCGUCUCCUGCGCCGUCUGCUUCCAGUCCGCCGCCGGCGACGGUGUCUCCUCCCGCGCCCGCUCCUAAGGUUCCCAGCGCCACCUCGGCCCCUCCCCCCGCUUCCGUCUCCGCCCCGGUGACACCGCCAAGCUCGGCGCCGGCGGCCUCGUCCCCUCCGUCUGCUCCUCCGAGCUCUUCGCCACCGUCGACUACACCGUCGGCUCCGGCGGGCGCCCCGCCGAUGCCGCCACCAGCGACCGCUCCGGCCGGCGCAGAUGGAGGAUCGACGAACACGACCGGCGCGUCACCUCCCACCGGCUCCACCAACCAGAACAGCGCCGGGUUCAUGGUGACCGGCGCCGCCGCCUCGGCCGCGGCCUGCAUCGUCGGCUACGCCAUGCUUGCUGUCUGAGCUCUGAAGCGUGAGGAACGAAGGGCGAUCCACUUGUGUAAUUGAGAUGUGUGUCGAAUUGUCGAUUGAUCUAUUUGUACGUAUUCGUUUUCCAUCGGAUGAAAUAAAGAGGAAACGAGACGAUUCUUGAGAAAA